AUGGAUGUUCGGCGUACAUUUCUACGGACUUUAGAGAAGAAUGUUCCCGCACAAAUCGGUUUCGACCCAACUUUUGGUAUUGAAUGCUCCCUUUGGCCUGAACUUCGCAAGAUUGAGUUUCACGAGCCUUGCCUUGACUGGCUUGUCCUCUCCGAGUUCUUGAGAAAACGAAAGGCCAAUAAUCAACCUCUGGAGACCCUGCGUUUGUGCCAUACUUGGGAGGAAGACAUGUUAGACGUUUUUCCGAUGUUGGUGGCAUCGCUGGAGAGGUACGUUAAAGUCGAAUUAAUUGUCAUAAGGGACGAGGAGGAUCUGGAGCCCCCAACGAACUUGCCCUUUCGGCUGAAUGAAGAUACCUCUUUACCGAUACUUUCCAACAUACCGGAUGCCCCUAGCCCACACGUCCCGGGAAACUUUGAUUCCAAAACCAAGGAACUGUACAACCCGUCUACUGAACACCCUUAUUGCACUGGUGAAACGUAUGGGACUCAGUACCAGUCACAUUAG